AUGGUACAUAAACGUAAGGAUGAAACAUUUAAAUUAAUUAAAGUUGAGGAGGAAGAUAAUUAUGCUGAUUACUUAUUUAGUGAUAGUGAAGAAACACAAGAUAUCACUGAAGAAGAUCGUGAAUUUAGAAAGCAACUUCUUGCUGCUGUUUUAAAAACACCUACUAAUCGUCAAAAAAAAAGUUAUAAUAGAGCUGUCAAAAAUUUUAUUGGAGAUAAUGUUGAGUUAGGAACAGAUGGAGUUAAAAUUAAUAAUCAAAUGGGAUCUAAGAAAUGGAGACGGGUGAAUAAUGCUAGUAUGAUGGUAUCAUUAACUAAGGAAGAUGAUAUCAUUCUUGAUGGAUCUGAUAUUGUUCCUUCUGUUGUCACUGCAUUUUCGCAACUUUUUUUAGAUUCUGAUAAAAUGAAAACUUGGAUGAAAUUCGAUGCUAAAUCUGAAGAAGAACAAAGAGAAAUUCUUGAAGCUCUUAAAAUGCAUCGUUAUGGUAAAAGUCUUUUGGAGGAGGAAGGAUUUAUUGAAAUAACUAAUGAUGAUGUUGGCAUUGACACUUCAUCUGAUGAAUAUGAAAUCCCUAUUAAUGUAGAGGGAAAUAAUCCUGUUUACCAGGCAGUUAAUUGUUUUGGUCGCAUUGAUAAAAAACUUCGAAAUUCUCUUGAUAAACCAAACAUUCCAUAUGAUUUUAUUGAACAAUUUGAUGAAAAAAUUCGUAAUACAUUUACACAAAAUCCUAAUGCUGAAAUUUUGGAGCCAAUGUAUGCUUCAGAAUUUCGAAAAUAUGCCCGUGCAAUUGCACAAUACAACUUUCUUGAAUGCCUAACUGUUGCUGAUGGUGAAAAAAGAAUGAUUCAUAUAAGCAAUAAAAAAACAUUUUACAUACCUCCAUACACUCCUCUAGGAAAUUAUUUAAUGAUGCGUUCAUCUAAACAUACUAGAACACAACAUUGA